AUGCAAAUUGUAUCAAAGCCACCUCACAACAAGAACGUUCUGCAGCUUCUGGAUUGGUUCGAUAUGCCAGACUGCUUCCUGUCAGUCCUGGAGAGACCCGUCCCCUGCAUAGACGUGUAUAAUCUGUGUAUGAGACAAAAAGGCAUACUAGAUGAACCACUGGCCAAAAUCAUCAUAUAUGUGGUUGAGGCUGCCCGCUACUGCCAUAAUCGCGGUGUUUUCCAUCGUGACAUCAAGGCGGGAAACCUUCUUUUCAACAUUGACACAAUGGAAGUCAAAUUAAUAGACUUUGGCUGCGGCGAUUUGUGGCAGGACACACCCUACGAGGAAUAUGCAGGUAAUUGCACAUAAAGGAGUAACAGAUAUGGCAUAUAAUUGAAUGGAUUGAAUAUCUAAUUUCUGAUGUUGCUGUGGGGUGGUACGGUGGCGUAGUGGUUAAGGGUUUGAAUCUCUCCUCUCCCCUUUGUGUGCAGAGUUUGUAUGUUCUC